AUGAACCUGGUGAGAGUGUGGGGUUUCUGCACCGAGGAUAAGCAUCGCCUCCUGAUCUACGAGUACCUGGAGAACGGAUCACUUGACAAGCUCCUUUUCGCCUCGGACCCAGUCAAGGUGUUGGACUGGGAGAAGAGAGGUACGCCGUUGGGCUGGGGAUGGCUAUGA